AUGAAAAUCUCAAAUCACAUAUAUAUACUUUUUGAUUUGCGUUAGGGAAAUUAUAUUUACGUACACACUGGCGUGUGUCAUCUGUUUCGUGUAUAGUCAGCUGAUCAGUGCUUGUGUCAAGGUUUGGAAGUUGUAUGAAUUUGUGUAGUGAGCAAAGUGGCAAAACGGGAACGUGUAGGAUAUUAUGUCCGUUUGUGAAAACUGGGCCGUUAUAUUCACAUAUUUAUUUUUAGGAACAUGUAUUACUGCUUACAAACCAGUCGUAAUUAUACACGGCGUUUUGUCAGGAAACAUAACUAUGCUUCCAAUGGCAGAACGUAUAAAGCAGGCGCAUCCAGGAACGAAGGUAUAUGUGACAGAUAAAUUUGCAGGAUUUUCAAGUCUUACUCCAAUGUGGCACCAAAUUCAAGAAAUGGGCGAAGAUUUAAUGAAGAUAUCAGCAGACCAUCCGGAGGGCAUAAAUUUAAUUGGGUAUUCACAGGGAGGUCUGAUUGCUCGAGGAAUUCUUGAACAGUUUCCUAAUCACGUUGUGGACACUUUCAUAUCACUGAGUUCUCCACAAGCUGGACAGUAUGGCACCAAAUUCCUGCACCUGUUUUUCCCUGGCAUGGUCUGCCACACAGCAUAUGAACUAUUUUAUUCUUCUAUUGGACAACAUACAUCUAUUGGCAACUAUUGGAAUGAUCCACAUCACCAAGGCCUGUAUCGUAAUUACAGCAGAUUCUUGCCAUAUAUUAACAAUGAAGUUUUGUCAUCACAGAGCAAUACUUACAAAUAUGGCAUUACAAAGUUACGUAAACUCAUUUUGAUUGGUGGGCCUGAUGAUGGCGUGAUCACACCUUGGCAGUCUAGUCACUUUGGUUACUUUGAUGACAAUGAAGAAGUUGUGGAGUUGAGGGGUCGUAAAGCUUAUGUGUUGGACAAGUUUGGUUUGAAGACAUUAGACAAGAGAGGGAGACUCACACUGAUUGAGCUGAGUGGAGUUUCACACUAUGACUGGCACACAAACAAAACUGUCAUAGACAAGUACAUAGUACCAUUCCUCAGCUAGAGCUGCAGUACUUUGUUGUGAAGUUUGGUGUGAGAUGCCAUCUGCUGAAGAAGUUACAUGUUCCAUGACCCACCCAUGUAAUUCAGCAAUUUUAAUAGAUCUUGAUGUCUGAUUUAAAAAAAGAUAAUACUGUUGGGAUCACUAAAUUUUUCAACUGUGUC